ACCUCUGGAGCCACUCGGAAGGAAACCCAAAUGAGAGUUAGCUAACUUUGUAAACACUAGUUAGUAAUGUAGGAUACGUAUUACGUGGGGUAGGACGUUUCGCGGAAACACUGCAGAAUUCUGCCGGCUGUCGACAUCAUGAUGCUGUGAGUGCAGCUGCUGAGACCAUUGUGCUGGUGACCAUGUCGAUGUUCAGCACUGGGAUACUAGUCCUCACAUCUCCCCUUCACACCCUCCCCUUGCGCAUCGCGCCAGUCCUGAGCUCUGCCGCCCAGGUGGUGGAGCGGACUCUCUACGUGCACCUCCACCCAGACCUGAACCUGGGUGUCUCCGGCCAGGCUCGGCCUGUGUACAUCCCACCUGUGGUGGACCUCUCUAGUCUCAUAUCCCGCCUCUACAGCAAUGCCGCUGACGUCUGCGGCCACCUGGACGUCCGGGUGCUGCUUACGAACGUGCGAGCCCAGCCCAACAACGUGGCCGGUCUGGGCUCGAAUGGAGGGGCGAACCCCUUCCCCUCGCCGCAGUCCCUCUCCCACUCCCCGGAGGUGGUGCUGACGGACUACGCCCUGCAGGACCCCGGCCAGUCGACCCUGGUGGCCCAGUGCCUGCAGAGGUACGCCGGCCACUGCUACGUGUGCAACCCCGGCCUCAACUCCGUGCUGCUGCACCCACGGCUGCAGGUCCUGGAGAGGAGCGAGGGAGAGGAGAGCGGAGGAGAGGUGACCAAGGACACCGAGGAGGAGAAGGUGAAGAGCAGGGGCCAGUCUGAGCCCAUAGAAACGUACAGCGACGUGGUGCUCGGGGGAACGUUCGACCGGCUUCACGUGGCCCACAAGACCCUGUUGAACGUCUCGUGCCUCCUCGCCAACAAGCGCUUCCUCAUUGGCGUGUCGGAUAAAGAGUUACUAAAGAAUAAGGUGUUAAAGGAGUUGAUCGAGCCGUACCCCCAGCGUGUGCAGAGGCUGGAGGAGUUCCUGAGGGACGUGAAGCCCUCGCUGCAGUACGAGAUCGUGCCUCUCUUUGACCCCUUCGGCCCCUCCAUCACUGACCCCCAGCUGCAGUGCAUUGUGGUCAGCGAGGAGACGCGGAGGGGCGGCGAAGCAGUGAACAAAAGAAGGCUGGAAAAUGGCCUUCCAGAGCUGGUGCUGUACGAGAUCCAGCUGAUUAAGGACGCCCAUCACACGGAGAUCGAGGAGGAGAAGAUCAGCUCGUCCAGUCUCCGCUCGCGACUGCUGGGUACCCUUCUCAGCCCACCCAAGCCUCGGUCGGACGUCCCCCUCAUCCCGUACGUGAUCGGCCUUACGGGGGGCAGCGGGAGCGGGAAGAGUUCCAUCGCGCGCCGCCUGGAGGCCCUGGGAGCGGCCCGCAUCGACAGCGACCAGCUGGGCCACGAGACGUACCUGCCCGGGGCCGUCGCCUACCAGAAGGUGGUGCAGGAGUUUGGGACAGAUAUACUGAAUGAGGAUAAGACCAUAAACAGACGGAUGUUGGGCAGGAAGGUGUUUGGAAAUCCGGAAAGGUUAAAAGCUUUGACUGAUAUAGUGUGGCCAGAAAUUGCAUUGCUGGUUAAGAAACGAAUACAGCAGGCCAAAGAAGAAGGCAAACGCGUGUGUGUAGUGGAUGCAGCAGUGCUGCUGGAAGCUGGCUGGGAGACUCUGGUGCACGAAGUCUGGGUCGCCACCAUUCCAGAGGAAGAGGCGGUGCGGCGAAUUGUGGAGCGGGACGGGGUGAGCGAGGAGGAUGCUGUGCGGAGGCUGCAGUCUCAGUGGUCCAGCGCUAAGCAGGUGCAGCAUGCCAACGUGGUGCUGUGCACCCUAUGGGAGCCACACCAGACUCAGAAACAGGUACAGAAAGCUUGGAACCUGCUGCAGCAACGAAUCAACCAGAGACUGCAGGAGGCCGGCCUGUCCUCAUAAGAACAGUAAUGUCCAGCUGCUGUCGACUAGAUGCAUAAGUGCACAUGUACACACGCACACACACAUACACACACACACAUUUUGAAAUACUGGAAAAAGGCCACACCAACUGGUCAAGAAACACGGGUGGAUCCCAAAAGUGUGCGCAUAGACAGACACUUGUUUUUUAACCACAGCCAAAUAUCUGAUAACGUUGGAAACAGCCUUUCAUAGAGGGCAAGACGAACACAGGCGGGAGCCCCCGGUGAACACAGUGGACAUCUCACCCGACAUCGACAUCAUCUUUAAACCAUUACCAGGGAGGAGGGCCGAUCUGUUCUGUUCCUAAAUGAAGCACACCAGUGCACACAGACUGGACAGUUUGUAAUCCUGACUGGGGUUUUUGUUUUUCAGAUGAGGGGGAAAAGAAAACGAAAAAUCAGAACGGUCCAUGUUUUAUACAUAGGCAGAGAAUUGAUCCUUUCCUGCUCUACCCAGUUUUUAAAUUGUUUACAUGUUUAUUCCCCAUACAGUUACUUCGUCUUGAAGUGAGUCUGUGAAACACUAUAGUUGCUUAUAUAGCUUGCUAUAGAUUAUGGACAAUAUUCCAAUAACCCAUGUAACAAAAUGGACGGUAAUGGUUUGUCAAUGAGGCACAUUUGAGAAACAGACAUGACGGUUCACCUGUUCUAGCAUCUGUUCACAAAAGCGGCUCUUUUAAAGGUUUUGAAAUCUACUACUUCGGAUAGGUAGUAUUGCCUCAUCAUAUAUCUGUAUCUCUCUCCAAGUGGCUCAGCUUAUGUGAAUCAGGAUCAUAUUCUAAAUGUCUCAGUAUCUCUGAACUACGAUGCCUGGAAGAUUAGUCCGUUAAAUUAGAAUUAGAAUAGACCUCCACUCAGUACUUGACAUUUCCUUGUGCGCUUAUCAAUACGCGUCAGAGUUCUAAGCGCUCCGUUGUGCCGUUGCAUUCCUGGAGGUUUGUGAUUGUACGGAAUAUGCCGGGAGAGAAUGGGGGUGCACACGUUAAGUGUGACCUGUUAUGCAACACUAGCAAGAGAGGCCUUAAAAAUGAUCCGCGUGAACUUGGUUUCUCCAUAUCAGAAUGCUGUUACAGAUGCUUGCAGAAUCACAUGUGUGAACGUGCCUACUCUACAGACUAGGUUUAAACAAGACCCAGUCAGCUAUGAUUUUUGAAAAAAUAAAUAAAAAAUAAAGACUGGCAUGAUAGAGAGAGAGCAUAACAUCUAGACAAGGAAAACAUGAUUUUUCAGAAGUUUUUUUUUUAGUCCUAAUUUAAUUCUCUUUUUAAUGGUUCACUGACAAGGCUGGUGAGAUUUCCAGAUGACCAAUGUCAGUUUUUUUUUUCCAGAAUAUUUUAAUAAUCUUCUAUGUGUAAAGCUUUGAGAGAUUAAUGCACUAGUUCAAUGAUGAUUUGAAGAAUGGUACAUGGUAGAGAACUUCCGUUAUAAAGUGAGAAAACUCCAUUAAACUGAAUACGAAAUA